GUUUAGUGAUGUGAAAAGUGAUAAAGAAUUAUUACAAGAACUCGACUAUAUAUUGUCAUUUCUGCCAGAACGAAAGAAGAAAACAUAUUUAUGUCAAUUGAAAUGUGAAGGAGCAGUGUCACUUGGCAAUAAAGAUCAAGAAACAGAAGAUGACAAUGAUCUCAAUAGUUUUUUAGAUGAAGAAAAUGAUUGA